CCACUAACCGACGGGGCGACACAGAGUGAGAGAAGAGAGGCGAGCCACCUGAGCACCAGCAAGAAGCCACUUGUGUCUCCUAGAAGCUCAAUCAAACAACGAAGAAAGGACGAGGGGACACAUUGGACCAUCUAGAUCAACACAUGUGACAUUGGAUAGCAGAAAUCUGCAACCGAGCUCAUUCUAGAAAACGGAUUAUUUAAGAGGUGUUUGCCAAAAAUUCUUGUUUUGGAUCAAAUGGACUCAAUCGUGAAAGGUAAAAGUGACCACAUGGGGUCUCGUCCGGGAUGCCAGCAGCUGAAGUGAAGCCCACUCUGGAGGAGAUGGUGGCAGAGGGAGAGGGGGCUGUUGAGCGUGAGGUGUCCGUGUGGGAGACCCCUGGUCCUGGCUGGGAGCAGCUGCCUUUGUCCUCUUUGAAGGUCUCCGGAGACCUGCUGCGAAGCUUUCCUCAUUCCAAACGGGUGGGAUCCUACCUGGUUGGGAAGAUGAUCAACAAGGGCUCAUUUGCCAAAGUCAUGGAGGGGCUUCACACUGGCGUGGGGGAGAAGGUGGCCAUUAAAGUGAUAGACAAGAAGAAAGCACGCCAAGACUCCUAUGUGCUCAGGAACCUAAAGAGAGAACCCCGAAUUCAUCAGAUGGUCCGACAUCCUCAUAUUGUUGUUCUCCUGGAGACCCUGGAGACAGAGAACAGUUACUACUUGGUCAUGGAGCUGUGUGCAGGAGGAGACCUGAUGGACAGAGUCUGUGACAGGAGGAGGUUGGAGGAGAGGGAGGUGCGACGUUACACCCGACAAAUCCUCUCUGCUGUGGAUCACCUGCACAAGCAUGGCAUCGUGCACAGAGAUCUAAAGAUUGAAAACUUCCUCCUGGAUGAACAUAACAACAUAAAGAUUGUGGAUUUUGGCCUGAGCAACACUCUGAAGCCCGACUCUUUAUCUCCGGAGCUCCUCGGCACUCAAUGUGGAAGUCCUGCCUAUGCCGCUCCAGAACUGCUGGCUCACAAGAAGUAUGGCCCCAAAGUGGAUGUCUGGUCCAUAGGUGUGAGCAUGUUCGCCAUGCUGACAGGAACUCUACCCUUCACCGUCGAACCAUUCAACAUCAAACAGCUUCAUCAGAAGAUGGUCAACAGAGAGAUUAGCAGCAUCCCUGGUGACAUCAGUAAAGGUGCAACAUCAUUUGUGAUGUCUCUUCUGGAACCAGAUCCAGAAAAAAGACCCAGUAUCCAAGCAGCAAUGGAGGAGAAAUGGAUCAACGAAGGACACACUAAGAAACGGUUACACACGAUCUCUCAUAAAAACAGACUGAAUCCAGAGGAGCUCAACUCAUCUGUGCUGGCUUACUUGACAAAAACGCUGGGUUAUUCCGUCUCUGAAAUCGUUCAUACGCUCACCAACAACAGACCCUCCAGCCUCAUGGCCUACUAUCACCUGCUGCUCAGCAAGUUAACCAGGAGCCAGAAAGGAGCUAAAGCUGGCAAGAGGCUGGAGAGCAGUGACUGGACGUUUUCAAGCAAGAACACACAAAGGAACAGAAACAACAUGGAACAGACUCACCAACAGGUGGACGCGACCAGUGAGAAAAGUUCAAAGCAGCUCCGGUUUCUGAGGUUCCAGCAGACAAGUCGAGGUCAGAACAACAGGAAGAGGAAUGAGGACCAGCACAGAAAGGCCCACCAAGAGGAUGACGAGAACCGGGCCCCGUCUCCCUCUCUACCGCAACUUCCUCUAUCUGCCUCCCCCCCUCGAGCCCGACGCCUCCCCUCCCGCUCCCCAGCCUGUCUCUCUGCAGAGGACAGAUCUCCUGAUGAGGAGCUCGCCAUCACAUUGGACACCAGAGAGGUGCUGUUUCCUGAAGUGUCAGUGUUCGGAGAAAGGGAACUCGUCCGUCUCUCUCCUCCAAAAAGCUCCACAUCAAAGCUUUGUGACUCCACUCCGUGCCAAGUUCCCUUACCAUCUGAGCCAACGCGAGACAGCAGCAUGUCCAGACCCUCUCGACACACACACCUGCUCAGGACAACCCAGUCGGAUGGCGCUGCGGAGCCCGGGUCAGACUGCUUCCACAUCAACAACCUGGAUGACUCUCAUCACCUGAGCAUCAACGAGCGAAUGGAGAAGCUGCAGCCAUUUUACCCCUCAGACAAAAUUCCUCCCAGAAUGCACCCGGAGCCUGACACACACCCCAUUCUCUCCCCUGAGAUAAGCCACCUGGGUACCACGGAGACGGCACAAAUGUCACCAUCUGCUCCUCUUCCUCGCCUGCACAACGUGGGGCUGAAGGGUGAGCGAGGGAGGAAGAUGACCUGGGUGGGGCUGAAUCGAACCCAACACCCCCGUCUCCUUGCUAAUGGAUCUAAACCUCCAACUUUCCCGUCGCAGAGACAACAAAUGCUGGUCUUCAAGAGCUUAAGACAGGAGAAGGAGAAGAGGAGAGAACUUCCUGCUGCAGGAGACGAGACAAACGGAGACAAGAGGAACAUAGUUCAGCUAAGUUCAACUGUCCAGCGGCGGGACAGGGACCUUAACCUGCCGCUUCUCUCUGCAGCCCUGCAGGGAAAAGACAGGAAGACUCAGUUACACAGCAUGGAGUCCUGAAAUGGACCUGAGAAUUUGAAACAGUUGAAAGAAUCCAUUAAGGCAGCUAAAAAACUAUGAUGUACCACAUUUCUAUGUAUGCCAUGGUGACGGGAUUCAUUCCUAAAGGAAAAUGGUAACAAACAAAAGCUUAUGUUGAAGUGCCAAA